AUGCUCCACCUGAGGGCAGAGAUACACCAGCAUUUAGAGGAGAAAAGAAAAGCUGAGGGGGAACUGAAGGAGCUAAAGGCUCAAAUUGAGGAAGCAGGAUUCUCCUCUGUGUCUCAUAUCAGGAAAUACAAUUCUCUGAUUCAAGAUCAAGCUCGAGAACUAUCCUACCUACGGCAGAAAAUACGAGAAGGGAGAGGCAUCUGUUACCUUCUCAACCAGCAUGUGAAAGACGCAAUAAAGUCUUUCGAGGACCUCCUCAGGAGUAAUGAUAUCGACUACUACCUCGGGCAGAGCUUUCGGGAGCAACUCGCCCAGGGCAGCCAGCUGGCUGAGAGGCUCACCAGCAAGCUCAGCACCAAGGAUCACAAAAGUGAGAAAAAUCAAGCCGGACUUGAACCGCUGGCCCUCAGGCUCAGCAGGGAGCUGCAGGAGAAGGAGAAAGUGAUUGAAGUCCUGCAGGCCAAACUGGAUGCCAGGUCCCUAACCCCCUCCAGCAGCCGGGCCUUGUCUGACUCCCAUCGCUCUCCCAGUAGCACAUCCUUCCUGUCUGAUGACCUAGAUGCCAGCUCUGACAUGGACACAGCCAGCGAGUACACUCACGAUGAGGAGAAGAAAGCUUCACCCACACACUCAGGCUUUCACUUUAACUCCAUGCCCAAGCUGGUUAGCUUCCCCCAGGCUCCACUGCCCUCCGCUCCGCCCAGCUUCCUGCCCUUCAGCUCCCCAGGCCCUCCCCUCCUCGGGUGCUCCGAGACACCAGGGUUCUCCUUGGCCGAGGCUCAGCAGGAGCUGCAGAUGCUGCAGAAGCAGCUGGGAGAAAGCAUCAGCACUGGCCCUCCUGCUUCCCUAAGUACAUUGCCAAGUAACCAUUUGGAAGCCAACUCUGCCCCCAACCUUAAUCCUGCCCAGUCACACUCUCCUCCAAGAAACACUGGAGACUUGGACAGAAUCUUGGAUCCUGGGUACCUGGGCAGCCGUGGCCCAUGGGACAUGAUGAGGCCUCAGAAAGGGAGUGUAUCUGGAGACUUAUCCUCAGGUUCCUCUGUGUACCAGCUUAACUCCAAACCCACAGGGGCCGAUCUGCUGGAGGAGCAUCUGGGUGAAAUCCGGAACCUGCGCCAGCGCCUCGAGGAGUCCAUCUGCAUCAACGACCGCCUGCGGGAGCAGCUGGAACACCGGCUCAGCUCCACCGCCCGAGGAAACGGCUCCUCUACGAACUUCUGCAGUCAGGGACUGGACUCCAUUCCUCAGCUCUACAAUGAGAACAGGGCCCUCAGGGAAGAAAACCGGAGCCUUCAGGCUCAAUUGAGUCACAUUUCUAGAGAGCACUCCCAGGAAACCGAAUGCCUGAGGGAGGCACUGCUGUCCUCAAGGUCCCGGCUUCAAGAGCUGGAAAUGGAGCUGGAGCGCCAGAAGGUAGAACAGCAGCAGCUUCUGGAUGACUUGAAGGAGAAGCAGCAAGAGGUCUUGCAUUUCCGGGAAGAAAGGCUAUCCCUUCAGGAGAAAGACUCCAGGCUGCAGCACAAGCUGACUCUCCUGCAGCAACAGUGUGAAGAGAAACAGCAGCUCUUCCAGUCCCUGCAGUCUGAGCUCCAGAUCUAUGAGGUCCUGUAUGGCAAUUCCAAGACUGGGCCGAAAGCUUACAACUGGGAUGCCUGCCACCAAGUCCCCUUGAGCAGUGACUUGAGUCAGCUAGUGGCAGAGGUGCGAGCUUUGAGAGGGCAGCUGGAACAGAGCAUUCAGGUGAACAACUGUCUGCGGUUGCAGCUGGAACAACAGCUGGAUGGUGGGUCAGGCAAAGCCAACCUCAGUCCGUCUUCUGUGGCCCAGAACUUCUCAGCUAACACUAACCCUGUGGACAAGCAGCCACUUUUCCAAGAUUCUGUGUCUUCCCCUCCAGUUCGUGAUGUUGGCAUGACUUCUCCAGCUCUGGUUUUCCCCAGUUCAUCCUCUGGUCUUGGCUCAGAGACUUCAAUCUUCAAUAGGACAAAUGAGGUGGAUUCCGAUGCUUCUUCAGUCACAAAGGACCCUCCCAAGCUGGAGGGUGAUGCCACUGAUGGCUCCUUUGCCAAUAAGCAUGGUCGCCAUGUCAUUGGUCACAUCGAUGACUACAGUGCUCUGAAACAGCAGAUUGGGGAGGGCAAACUGCUGGUUAAAAAGAUAACAUCUCUCAUGAGAUUAACGUGCAACUUCCUUGGCCUUGAAGCUCAAGGCACAGAGGUGCUGAGCAGUGAGAAUGCCCAGGAGCUCCGGAGCAGUGCCCGUGCCCUGCACCACAUGUUGGAGGAGUCGGCCUCCCUCCUCACCAUGUUCUGGCGAGCAGCCUUGCCAGACACCCGCAGCCCUGCUCCAUCUAGCAAAGUGGGAGAGUCAAUGAAAAGGGAACUUCUGGAGCUGAGAACCAAACUCUCCAAACAUGAGAGCCUCCUUCAGAGCACGACUGAGCAGCUGAAGACUGCCAACCAGCAGAAGGAGAGCAUGGAGCAGUUUAUCUUCAGCCAACGUGAAAUCUCUACGGGCCCUGCCAUGCACUCCAGUCUUAUGACCCUUGCCUUCCAGGAGCCAUGCAAGAAACGAAGUCACCAGAGAUCCUUAAAACAGCAGGAAGGGUGGGCGUGCCCCCCUUUAACUCAGCUACCUAUCUACUGA